GCAAAUCUUGUGUUUGAAAAGGUCAAAAUAGCUUCUUAUAUGAAAAAAUUUCCAGAGCUUAUCUGUAAAACGACCAGCUGUAAGAUUCUUUUAUCAAUAUUAUUGUUCCAUUUAACCAUCAUUUUACUUAACUAUGACUGUUUUUAUAUGCAAUUCUAUAUAAAUAUGUACUUCGUCAGACUAGAGUCAAAUAGAUUGAUUCUCGAUGAGCAUUACUUGUCAUCAGUUGAUACUUUUAAAACUAUCUAUCAUCAUGAAAUAAAAGUAGUUGACGAACAAAAUACAGCAAUUAUGUGAGACAAAUAAAUUCUAAAUGAGAGGUAGCCUUGCAUAGUUAUUCUUCAGUGAUCUAGAAUGAUUCUUGUCUAACACAAUAAUACAGUUGUCAAUCCGAAAGUUCUCUUUUGCUAUUCUUGUUGAAAAUCGAUCAUAAGCAUAACUCGCUAUAUGAUUGUUAUAUAUUCCUGAGGAGAGUAUAGAAGAUACUGGGCUGUCGCUGUUUAUAUAAGAAUCUUAUAGAUAUGAACUUAAAUACAAGGGUGACAAAGAUCGGAUGUGAGAGCAGAAUAAAAAAUUAAUAGCUACUUGACCGAAGAAACCAUAAUAAGUACCUUUCAAUUAAAGAAAAUAUUCUAAAACAAAAUAAUCGUUGUUAACAAAGUUGAGAAUUUGACUAAAAAAGGUUUCUCGUCUUGUAACAAAAUUCGACUUCUAUGCGAAGAAAAAUUCUCUCUCUUAUUUUAAUAAUUUUUCUUGUCUCUAUUUUAGACUAUCCAUUACGUUCUCCAUCCAGCACCAACAUUCAUCCGAAUGCUCGAUGGCAACAAAAUGGUAUCACUGUGGCUGGAGGAAAUCGACAAGGCAAUGGAAUCAAUCAACUCUCAAACCCAUAUGGUUUGUAUGUUGAUGAUGAUCAAACAAUCUAUGUUGCUGAAUGGUCGAAUCAUCGUAUUGUGGAAUGGAAACGAGGUGCAACAAGUGGCCAAGUGGUUGCUGGUGGAAAUGGACAAGGAAGUGGAGAUCAUCAAUUGUAUAACCCAUAUGAUGUGAUUAUCGACAAAGAGAGAGAUAGUCUCAUCAUAUGCAAUUGUUUGAAUGGAAGAGUGAUUCGAUGGCCUCGUCGAAAUGGGACAAGUGGAGAAACAAUCAUCUCCAACAUCGAUUGUGUGGGUUUGACAAUGGACGAGAAUGGAUCUCUCUAUGUCACUGAUAAUGUAAAAAAUGAAGUGAGACGAUAUCGAAGAGGAGAAUCUCAAGGAACAGUGGUUGCAGGUGGCAAUGGAAGUGGAAAUCGUCUCGAUCAACUCUCUGACCCCUCAUACGUAUUCGUCGAUCGAGAUCAUUCAGUGUACGUAUCUGAAUGG